AUAAAAAUUGAUCGGUCGGUAGCACUGAGCCGUGAGUGUUUGACUGUUUGGCACUGCUCUUCGUCCGUCCGUACAGCCCCUCCACUAGUAUGAAUUAGAAACCUAGCGGCGGCCGCUUCCACACAGGCAGAUGACUGCCGCAUACUUCCGCACCGCUGCAUUCUCUACGGUUCCAUUUCCGGUGACUCGCAUCCCUCCAUUGCGCGUCUCUCUCUUGCGGUUAAUUAAAUACUGUUUAUGUUCUCUCUUGUGACGAUGACCCGAUCCCUUUUGGAUAGUGCCAAUGUAUGGGGAGUUCACAUUUUCAAACUGAAAGGCUGAAAUCUGCACAUUCUAAGGUUGUUGUUUUGGGGGUACUUUCUGGGGAGUGGACUUUGUUGGGUCUGACAGAUACACAUAAAUCCACAACCCAAGUGAAUGGAUUCCCAAGUACCUUGCACUUUGAUAAAUGGGCCAAGACAUCGACCUCUUACCCCAUUUAGGGUUGUUAGAGGUAUUAUGUGUCUGGUCGUGUUAGUUCUGACAGCAUUUACGUUGUUAGUGUUUUGUAGCUUUUGGGCAGCCAUGUGCUUGAGAUUCUUCAGUGUCCACUACAGCCGAACCACAACAGCCUUCUUUUUUGGGUCUUGGAUAGCUCUAUGGCCAUUUUUAUUUGAAAAGAUAAACAAGACCAAAGUGGUUUUUUCUGGGGAUUGUGUUCCUAGUAGGGAACGAGUGUUGCUCAUUGCAAACCAUAGAACAGAGGUUGAUUGGAUGUACCUGUGGGACCUGGCAUUGCGGAAGGGAUGUGUAGGUUCCAUAAGGUAUAUACUCAAGAGCAGCUUGAUGAGAUUGCCUCUUUUUGGUUGGGUUUUUCAUAUCAUGGAGUUCAUACCCGUGGAGAGAAAGUGGGAUGCUGAUGAAUUGAAGCUGAGGCAGAUGCUCUCUUCCUACUCAGAUCCUAAAGAUCCUCUUUGGCUUGCUGUUUUUCCAGAAGGCACUGAUUUCACAGAACAAAAGUGCAAACGCAGUCAAAAAUAUGCUUCUGAAAAUGGAUUACCAAUCUUGAAGAAUGUGUUGCUUCCAAAGACGAAAGGAUUUUGUGCAUGCUUAGAGGAGUUGAGAGGUUCUUUGGAUGCUGCAGUGUAUGAUCUCACAAUUGGAUACAAGAACAACUGUCCUUCCUUCAUGGACAAUGCCUACGGAGUGGACCCCGCCGAAGUUCACAUUCACAUACGACGCAUCAAUCUCAAUGACAUUCCAGUUUCCGAAAGCGAGGCAGCCUCAUGGUUGAUGGACACAUUCUGCCACAAGGACAAGCUUCUCUGUGAUUUCUAUUCCGAAGGCCAUUUCCCAUGCGAAGGAGGAAUAGAAGGUGAACUCCCUACCUGCAAGUGUCUAGCAAACUUGGCAUUCGUUAUGUUCUUCACCAGUGCAUGUACAUUUCUAACCUUUGCAUCUGUUUGGCUCAGAAUAUAUGUCACCACUGUCUGUGUUUUGCUUACAACGGCAACUUAUUUCAACUUUCGCCCUUCGCCUUUUGUGCGUUUAGGGUGAAAGCAAAGGAAUAACACAGACAGUUUUGUUACUGCACUGAUUGAUGCAACCAUUUUUUUUGGAGGAGGGAAAGAGUGCAUAUGUAUUUAUUAACUACCGUAUUAGGCGUAAUGCUAAACUUGACGUUAUGUAUCGAUGGAGAAGGGGUUUACAAAGAGAAUUAUGAGUGUGUUUUGGAUGAGUAAAAUUUCACACCAAUGGUCUGAUGAGAUGAAUAUGUUGCGGUUGUGGUUGAAUCUUGAAUGUGUUUUUUUUGUUUUUAAAUACAAAUUUUGUUUUAGGUCAUUUUACAUAUGUGAAUUCUUUUAAGUUAUUAAAUAUUCCAGGCAUUA